AUGAACUGGCAAGAAGUUUUACAUCUACUGUUAAUCAGUCAAGUUAAUCUGUUGGUUGAUGCAUAUUUCACGAAGGAUUUCAACAAGUGGCUAAUGGAAUUUUAUGGACCUAAUACACAGGCAACAUUAAAUAGGGCAGAUCUGGGAUAUGCCGGUUCUUUCGGUGGCAAGCAGUACCAAAAUGAAAUGCUCAGAAAGCAACCAGUAAUUUUUGUUCAUGGCGUAUCAAAUCGUGCUGGUGAUCAGCCGCUUUUGGGUGCCAUGCAUUUCAGAUAUUCCGGUUACAACUGGUCCGAAUUGUAUGCAACAACAUAUGCUAGUGGUAAUCAGGGUAAUCCAUUACAGUGGACUCAGUAUUCUAUGAAAUGCCAAUAUGUCAAACAAGUCCGAGCAUUAAUUGUAGCAGUACGUUUGUACACUGGCCGUGCCGUAGAUGUCAUCGCUUUUUCAUUGGGUGUACCAAUAGCUCGCAAAGCUGUAUUAGGAGGUGAUUGCGUGGAUACUGCUGAAUAUCUCGGACGGCCUUUAACACAUUUUGUUGACACUUUUGUUGGUAUAGCCGGACCAAAUCAUGGAGUUUCUCAUCAGGCACUUUUUAUCGGUCAUUUAAGCAUUCCAUCAUGUAUUCACGGUUUACUUCCCAUAUGCAAUACUGGAGAUGGCUUAUAUUCUGGGGCAUGUCCUGUGGAAAGCGCCUUUUUAACGAACAUAAAUUCUCAACAAGACUAUGAAGGGAAGCAUAUAUUUUCCAUUUAUAGUAAAGCUGAUCAAUGGGUUGGAUACAACGUUUGUAAUAAAAUCACUGCUCAAAUUCCUGGGCAGCAUGGAGAAAAAGUCUAUGAUGCAAAGAAUCACGACGAAACAUUCGAAGAUUCUGUUGAAGUCCAGAGGCAAAUGAUUCUUAAUCAUAUUGUAAUAUAA